AUGCCGCCCAAACCAUCUGCGAAUCCUUCGAAUCACAAGGCGGACGCCACGCAGCAGCCCGAACCCGAUGAGCCCGUCCCCUCCUACGAGACGGCACUCCGCGAGGGCGCUGGCGGUGGCAUUGCUGCGGGUCCCUCUCACUCGCCCGCUCCGCCCGUCCAUCCUACAUACGGCUGCUCGCCCUAUACACCACACGGCACUGCACGCAUCGUCAUCGUCCCCGCGCCGCAUUUCCACUCCCAGACAGACGCUCUUCUUCCGCCGCCAGCAUCGAUGAACGCACCUCUCGGACCCAGGGCCAAACCACGCUUCUUCCUCGCCCUCCUCCACGCCAUUAUCAUCUACAUUCUCAUCAAUCUCCUCGUUGAUCUUACAGUCACUCGCAAUUGGUGA